UAUCUUCCUUGCCCAACGAAAUUCAGUUCAUAGUGAUCUAGCCAUGGCGAUCAAGCUUAUAGCAAUAGCCUUUUUCUUGCUCCUUCUAGCCUUUGCUGAGUGUAGCGACGGGGGUGAACCUCCAUCUUCUCAAAAAGAAACUUUUGGUGAAACUGUGUAUGCGGUACAUUGGGAUUCCCCUUCAAAAGGAGAAGGUUUUGGGGCUAGUGCUUAUAAGGUGGAUUGGAACCCAGAAGAUGCACCUUCCAAAGAAAAAGGUUUUGGGGCAAGUGCUUAUAAGGUGGAUUGGAAACCAGAAGAUGCACCAUCUGAAGAAAAAGGUUUUGGUGCAAGUGCUUAUAAGGUGGAUUGGAAACGAGAAGAUGCAUCUUCCAAAGAAAAAGGUUUUGGGGCAAGUGCUUAUAAGGUGGAUUGGAAAUCAGAAGAUGCACCUUCCGAACAAAAAGGUUUUGGGGCAAGUGCUUAUAAGGUGGAUUGGAAACCAGAAGAUCCAUCUUCCAAACAAAAUGGUUUUGGGGCAAGUGCUUAUAAGGUGGAUUGGAAACGAGAAGAUGCACCUUCCAGAGAACAAGGUUUUUGGGCAAGUCCUUAUAAGGUAGAUUGGAAACUAGACGAUGCACCUUCCACAGAAGAAAAAGGUUUUGGGGCAAGUGCUUAUAAGGUGGAUUGGAAAUCAAAAGAUGCACGUUCCAAAGAAAAAGGUUUUAGGGCAAGUGCUUAUAAGGUACAUUGGAAACCAGAAGAUGCAUCUUCCAAACAAAAAGGUUUUGGGGCAAGUGCUUAUAAGGUGGAUUGGAAACGAGAAGAUGCAUUUUCCAAACAAAAUGGUUUUCGGGCAAGUGCUUAUAAGGUGGAUUGGAAACCAGAAGAUGCACCUUCCAGAGAACAAGGUUUUGGGGCAAGUGCUUAUAAGGUGGAUUGGAAACGGGACGAUGCACCUUCCACAGAAGAAAAAGGUUUUGGGGAAAGUGCUUAUAAGGUGGAUUGGAAAUCAGAAGAUGCACCUUCCGAAGAAAAAGGUUUUGGGGCAAGUGCUUAUAAUGUGGAUUGGAAACCAGAAGAUACAACUUCCAAACAAAAAGGUUUUGGGGCAAGUGCUUAUAAGGUGGAUUGGAAACCAGAAGUUGCACCUUCUAUUCCUACAGGAGAAGAAGGUUUUGGGGCAAGUGUUUAUAAGGUGGAUUGGAAACCAGAAGAUGCACGUUCCAAAGAAAAAAGUUUUGGGGCAAGUGCUUAUAAGGUGGAUUGGAAAUCAGAAGAUGCACCUUCUGAAAAAGGUUUUGGGGAAAGUGCUUAUAAAGUUGAUUGGAAACUAGAAGAUUCAACUUCCAAAAAAAACGAUUUUGAUGGAAGUGCUUAUGUGGUACAUUGGGAUCCAAAUCUUGCACACUCUCCUUCCUCCAUUCCCGAAGAACUAGAGAAACGCGGAGAUGUAAAAUUUCAAACCGGCAUGUUAUUCCUGAAGAAGAAUCUACACAUUGGCACUACACUGCCUGAAGGAACCAUGUUUGCACGAGAUGGUGCACCAAAGUCUAUUCAUUUUUCCUCUACUCCGUUGGAGUCAAAGUACUUGACAACCAUCCUUUCAUACUUCAAAUUACCACACGGCUCGAUGAAGGCAAACCAGGUAGCUGACACCCUUCAUUCAUGUGGGAAACCGGCUGACAAGGAGGAACCUCACAUGUGUUUCUCAUCCCGCGAAGCAAUGGCAAGGUUCGCCACCCGAGAAUUGGGAGUCAGCAGCGCACGAGCAGCCAUUACAAGGAUUCAUGGGCAUGAGAACCCUAGCUCCAUGUAUGUCGUGGAACAGAUCACCCAACUCAACAGUAAUGUGGUGCCAUGCCACCCUAUGGAUUUUCCAUAUGAGGUUUUUUAUUGCCAUCGGCCAAAACAAGUGCAAUCUUUGAGGGUGCAACUCAAGGAUUUGAAAGAUGGCAUGUCGCGUGUGACGGCAAUAGCCAUGUGUCACAUGAACACAUCUGAUUGGGACACACAGUACUUCGAGCUAUUAGACGGAGAGCGUGGUGAACCUAUUUGCCACUACAUGCCUACCGAUUACAUCAUGUUCUAUUAGAUAUAUUUAAAGUUGCUGCUAAACUAUGUAAUCUUGUUAUCUAAUCAAUAAAGCAUGCCGAGUGUCCAGACUUUGCUCAAAAA